AUGGACGGGCAGGUACCCAAAUGUUGUUGCUCCAGCUGGAGCCCACACCACCUUCUACAUAAAGCUCAUGGGGGCGCGACAAGUGCUGUCCAGAAGAAAAAGAAAAGCCGGAAGCACCAACGUUUUUCAUCACGAAGAGAUCUAGAGCAGUGGCGACGCCUGAGAGGUGGAUCGAGGGAGAAGACUCUGCUGAUGUCAAGUGGUAAAUCACAACGCACCUUACUUUUGGAAGCCAGGCAGAACGGUCCGUUGUCGCUCGAGGAUAUAGCAAAGGUGGACUCGGUCACACCUCCUCCUCCGGUCAACUCUUCCCCUUCGUCCAGCCCAACCAAGCAGCCUUCACCAUCUCGAGAUCUUCAGGUCGCCAGCAGUUCUGCAAAGAACGUGGGUCCUUCGUCAUGUCCGAAGCUCAAGAAACCGAAGAAGUGUGUGGCAAUUGAUUGUGAAAUGGUAGGCACCGGACCUAAUGGGAAAACGAGCGAGUUGGCCCGGUGUACGGUGGUCAGCUAUGACGGAGACGUCAUCUACGACAAAUACAUCCGCCCAGAGCUUCCGGUUGUCGAUUAUAGGACUCCGUGGAGCGGGAUCACCCAAAGGCACAUGGAAAACGCCACGCCUUUCAAGGUGGCCCAAGGAGAGAUCCUUCAGAUCUUGAGGGACAAAAUAGUGGUGGGGCAUGCCCUUCACAAUGACUUCCGGGCUUUAAAAUACUUCCACCCUCGAGCCUGGAUACGGGACACAAGCCGAUGUCCUCUGCUGCUCAAGAAGAUGGGUCCGUCUGUAAGAAACUGUGUGUCGCUUAAGAACUUGGCUAGCCAGCUGCUCUCCAAAACAAUACAGAGCAACUGCAUCAAGACCUCCAAGUACAACGUGGUCACCUUCCUGCCCAUCAACCUCUUUGAGCAGUUCCAGGAAGUGGCCAACACUUACUUCCUCUUCCUCCUCAUCCUCCAGCUGAUUCCGCAGAUCUCCUCCCUCUCCUGGUUCACCACCAUUGUGCCUUUGGUCCUCGUUCUGACCAUCACGGCGGUCAAGGACGCCACCGACGACUACUUUCGCCACAAGAGCGACAACCAGGUGAACAACCGCCAAUCGCAAGUGCUGAUCAAUGGGAUCCUCCAGCAGGAGCAGUGGAUGAACGUCCGAGUCGGGGACAUCAUCAAGUUGGAGAACAACCAGUUUGUGGCCGCCGACCUGCUCCUCCUCUCCAGCAGCGAACCCCACGGGCUCUGCUACAUCGAGACCUCCGAACUGGACGGGGAGACAAACAUGAAGGUGCGCCAGGCCACCCCGGUGACAUCGGAACUGAGCGACACCAGCCGGCUGGCCCACUUUGACGGGGAGGUGGUCUGCGAGCCGCCCAACAACAAGCUGGACAAGUUUGGAGGGACGCUCUACUGGAAGGAGUGCAAGCACGCCUUGAGCAACCAGAACAUGCUGCUGCGCGGCUGCGUCCUGCGCAACACCGAGUGGUGCUUUGGCCUGGUGGUCUUCGCAGGGCCAGACACCAAGCUGAUGCAGAACAGCGGGCGCACGAAGUUCAAGCGCACGAGCAUCGACCGUCUGAUGAACACGCUGGUGCUCUGGAUCUUUGGCUUCCUGGUCUGCAUGGGGGUGAUCCUGGCCAUCGGGAACUCCAUCUGGGAGCACGAGGUGGGCGCCUGCUUCCAGGUCUUCCUCCCGUGGGACGCGGCCGUCGACAGCGCCGUCUUCUCCGGCUUCCUCUCCUUCUGGUCCUACAUCAUCAUCCUCAACACCGUCGUCCCCAUCUCCCUCUACGUCAGCGUGGAGGUCAUCCGACUGGGCCACAGCUACUUCAUCAACUGGGACAAGAAGAUGUACUGCGUGAAGCGAUGCACCCCGGCAGAGGCCCGGACCACCACUUUGAACGAGGAGCUGGGCCAAGUGGAGUACAUCUUCUCCGACAAGACCGGCACCCUCACCCAGAACAUCAUGGUCUUCAGCAAGUGCUCUGUGAAUGGCCGCAGCUACGGUGACGUUUUGGACGUCCUGGGAUACAAAGCAGAGCUCGGAGAGAAGGCGGAACCGGUGGACUUCUCCUUCAACCCGCUGGCGGACCCCACCUUCACCUUUUGGGACUCGGGCCUUUUGGAGGCGGUCAAGCUGGGCGACCCCCAGGUCCACGAGUUCUUCCGCCUGCUCUCCCUCUGCCACACCGUCAUGUCCGAAGAGAAGAACCCAGGUUGGGACCCCUUGAUGGUUUGGACAGGGGUGUGGGAGGGAGGGAGGGCAGCCCACAAGACCCUCCUCCUCGUCCUCCUCGUCCUUUGGCCAGCUAGACCUUGUUUUAGCAGCAUCAGCUUGGAGUGGACGAUGGAAGGAGAGUGGCAAAACCUAGGCUUUGGCCCUUGUCCUCUUCCUCCUCUUUCUAGCUAG